AUGGUGCACUACUUCAGUGCUAUCGUUGCGGAUGCAAGAAAAAUGUCACUCACUACCGAAGGUGAAGGCUCAACCAGGCUCCUCGCUCUCGUUGUGGAUCUGCUUGACACUUUGCUGGAAGAUUGGUAUCCUGCAAUAGGUACUCGUUUCGUACACUCAUCGGAGGGGGACCUGCUAGUUAACAGAUUUGUGCCCUGCUCCAAGUGUGCCUGUGAUAUAGCAGCCGAGACACAGCAAGUUCGUGAUGAUGCUGAAUUGAAUCAUAAGAAGAACAGCAAAGGUGAACACACUGUUCGUGGCUCGAAGACUACAGGAGACAUCUCCACCUUGUACGUCAUCCAUUGCUUUUCUAUAGAAGAAUGCAUGCUGGCAGGUCGGGAAAGCGGUUGGCUGGAAUGUCCUUCACAUGGAGGUAUACAUAUGAAAGAUAUCGCACCGGAUACUGUUUUCGUAGACAUCGAAUCUUCUUUGACCAUUGCAGCGGAUCAAUUAAGACGGGGUCGUCUGUUAGGUAGAGGCGCUUUUGGAUUUGUGUUCAGAGCUACCGUCAAGUUGCAGGCAUCAUUUGGGUUUUCAGGCGUGGAAAGUGUUCUUCUCCGAAAUGCGUUAUCAAAAGGUCAUUUACUCAAUAUGAUUGAAGCGGUUAGGAGCGGGGAACUAUGUGAGGUUGCUCAGAAGAUGCUUGAGCCGGUGAAUCCAGGACCAGGUUCUAGGCCUUCCGCGGUGGCAGCAUACAAGGCUGCUGCUGAUAAAUGGCGUCGCGACUCUUUGGAGUUUGCAUCGCGAGCUUACUGCACCUCCAGACAGGAGCUGAAUCUUCUCAGUCGACUGAGGCAUUCAAACAUAGUCUCCCUCAUAGGGGUUUGCGUGUCUCCCCUCUCACUGAUUUUUGAACUAGCUCCUCUUGGAGCUCUUAAUCAGCUUUUGGCUAGUCAUAGAAGAAGUGGCGCUCGUCUAGGCCUGUCAGUCCUCCGCGAUUCUGUCACUCAGGUAGCGAAGGCACUUGAGUAUUUGCACUCGGCACACAUCAUCUACCGGGAUCUGAAGAGCGAAAACGUCCUGGCUUGGCGAUUUCCACCUCCGUUCGGUACCCAAACGGAUGUGUUACUCAAAUUGGGAGAUUAUGGUAUAUCACGGACUGUAAUGCCAUCCGGUGGUGCCAAGGGAUUCGGAGGCACAGAAGGUUUCAUGGCUCCGGAAAUACUACGGUUCAAUGGCGAAGAAGAAUACACACAAAAGGUCGAUUGCUUCUCCUUUGGCAUGUUCCUGUACGAGUUGAUCACUUUGAAACAUCCGUUCGAAGGUGAAGAACAUGUCAAAGAAAGACUGUUAGAAGGAGCGCGACCGGUGUUUCUUCCUCAUGAGUUGCUGGUGCCGUCACCAAUGUUGGAUUUGGCAGUUCACUGCUGGGCAGCUCUACCAGACAGUCGACCAUCAUCGUCCCAGCUUGUUGGAUACUGUUCAGCUCCUGAGUUUACCCACAUACUCGAUGUUUGCGAAUUGGAGGGUGAGUUCAUCGAAGUGUGA